GGGCCUGAGGCAGCCGCAGCACCGGGCAGACCAUGGAGCUUGGGAUAGCGGGGGUGCAGCGCCGUGUCUGAGGGCGGGUUGGGGCGCUAGCGCCAUGGAUAGCCGGUGCUAUGGGUGCGCGUCCAAGUUCUCUGUCUUCAAGAAAGAGUGUGGCUGCAAGAACUGCGGACGCUCCUUCUGCUCGGGCUGCCGGAGCUUCAGCGCUGUUGUUCCCCGCUGUGGAAACACUCAGCAGAAGGUGUGCAAGCAGUGCUAUGGGAAGCUAACUGGAGAAGGAUCUCAAAGCAGUUCAGCAAAAUGGUCACCACCAGAAAACUACAAAAAGCGUGUAGCAGCUUUUGAGGCUAAACAAAACCAGCUGAAAGACCAACAGAAGGCAGCUGCAAAACCCCCAGGUCGAGCAGGCUGCAGAUACCAGGGGCUCUCAAAAGAGGAUAGAGCUAUUGCAGAGAGACUGGAGAGGCUCAGGGAGGAAAGGAAACCAAAGUCCAUCCCUACUCAGGCUGAGAUCGAAGCUAGGCUGGCAGCCCUGAAGGAGGAUGGCCGAGGACCUGUUCCAUCCACACAGGAAAUGGAGGACCGGUUGGCUGUCCUGCAGGGUAGAGAUCCUCCUUCCCAAGCUCCCAGACCUGUGCACCAAGCCCCGGAUACCCGAAGUCUGGUCCAGCAGACAGAUGACCUGUUAACUCAACUGUCUGAGGAAGUUGCCAUUGAUGAGCAUUACAGACCAAGAGCUCAGCCUCAAGCUCCUAGUAGCCAGAGUUUGAAUGAUCUCAAUCGGGGAAGUGAAGACUGUGUUUGCCCUGCAAAUCUGGACCCAAAACAGCUAGAGGAAGAGAAGAAUAAACUUCUAGCAGAAGCUGCUGCUGAGCUGCAGGAAGAGAACACUAGACAGGAAAAGAUCCUACAGGUUGCCAAGAGACUGGCAGCACUCAAAGGCGAGGACCCAGAGAAAGUUACCCUGGAAACCUAUAGGCUCCCUGACAGUGAUGAGGAAGUGGCUGAGGAGGAGGCCAUUCGCAGAGUGCUGAAACAGCUCACAGAGGAAGCAGCCCUGGAUGAAGCAAGUGGAUUCAACAUUCCCCCAGAUCAGACCACCCAGCCAGGAUCCUCACAACAGAACCUGUGUAAGCAAGCAAAGCAAAAGAGCCACACUCCAGCCACCACAGCUCUUGCAAGGGCAGAUGAUAGUGAUGAGGAUGAGUUACCCUGGUGCUGCAUCUGCAACGAAGAUGCCACUUUGCGCUGCCAUGGCUGUGACGGGGACCUCUACUGUCAGCGCUGUUUUUGGGAAGGCCAUGAGGAGUUUGACCUGAAGGACCACCAGACCUCCCGCUAUCAUCUUCCUUGCAAACAGAAGUGACCACACUUAUGGGCAGAAGAGGAGCUGGAGAAUGGGAAAACAGAGGAGCCAGCCAGAUGGGAAGAAUCUAAGUGGAUUUGCAGCCAAAAUGGGUGAUGUUUCGGACAGUUACAGGAUGUGCUGUAAUUUGAGGAGGCUUGCAGGGCGUGUGACUUAGUCUUCACAAAGACACCUGAAAAGUGCAGGGUUUGCUGUGCAUGCUUGGGGAUAAAUGAGGACUUGAUAUGAGGAGGUGGAUACAAGUCCAUAAAUACAGAUGGUAAAACAAUGUGGGUAGCAGGAAAGAUGUGUGCUUAAGGCAGUACUGACUGGCUGAUAAAUAACUUCCUGCUUUUACUAACAGCUUAUACACUGGUUCAACAGGCAGCAAAGCACUUUGCACUGAGAAAAAUGUCUAUAUUGUGAUCACGUGUGUGAUGAGAACUUGCAAAGCAUAAUAAAAAUUACUUACAGAGGCCUGUGGUUAAAGUCUCUCCUGAAAAUGCCUGAUAGCCAUUAACAAAGUGUUGGUUUCUUAUAAUUGUAUGUUAGUCCUAGUGUCAAGCAGCUUAGGGAAAGAAAUCAAGAAUAGUGAAGUCAUCAAAAAUGUUUCUGUGGUGUGUCUGGAAAAGAUGCAGGGCAGUGUUGCUCACUGACAUGAAAGAAAGGAUCCUUUGAAAAGGUAAUCUGCUACUGAUACAGUGUUGUGGCCUGCAGUGGCUGUGCCAACAUCAUGUCAGCUGUAAGAGCAACAUGUUAGUCUGAAAUAGUUGUGUAUAAGUCUGAAAGCAGGAUUUGACUUUGUUUGUCAUUAUUUGGUCACCUGGUAAGAUAAAAAUGUUACCUGUGUGAUGCUCUUCAUCUGGUUAGGAGAGAAGCUCAGUUGCAUAUGUCCAUAUCUCUCCUGGGAGACAAUCCAGAUGCAAGUGGAACUUGCCAGUGCCCAGAACACCCAGAAUUGCUUCAAAUAUCCAAGUAAAUUGGCUGUAAACAUGCUCUAUUAUUCUGUCAGGAUGAGCUCUUUCCAAAUAAUGUGACUUCUGAGAGAGCUAUCUAAGGCUGACAAAUUCCAAUUGCAAGAAAAUAAAGGAUUUGCCCUUGACAGGGAAUUUCCAAUGAAUCUUGCCUGUCUGGUUUGACAUUGCCACUCCCAGCUGUCUGCCUUGCCCCCGUGCUUAAGGUCAGUGCCUCCGAGGUGAAGUGAUGAAACAGUGUUUACCUGCACCUCUGGUCAGAGGACAGCAAAUGAAUUAAACCACUGUUGAAGGUGGGUUUCUGCUAAUGUGUUGCUCUGGAUCAGACUCUUCAACAAAAACCUGAUUCAAACAAUGUAGAAUAGUAAUACUUUAGGUCAACACACUAAAAAUGUCAAGCGUAUCCAGCAGUGCCAUCAAAACCUUUUCUUAGGAAGGGGUGGCAAAAUCCGACUUCUGUGGAGGAUCUUCUUUCUCCUGGCAGCCCUUGCUUCACCAGUGCCUGUCUCCUUGGGACAGGUAGAUGGGAAAAUUACUUGAAUUGUUCUGAUGCAAGAGCUCACAAUUAACCCUGUGACACACAAAAUUUAAGUAAGUUAUUUAAGUAAGCCCUGAGGAGCUCGCAGUCUUAAAAAUCAAAACAAAAUGCUGUUCUUUAUUUAUGUUAUCAUGACACUUUUUCAUUGCUAUUUGACAUGGAUAAUUAGUCUGAUAGUAAGACACCCAGUUCUAUCUGAGGUUAAAGCCUUCAUGUUUUAUGUAUACAGGGGAAGGUACAACUAUCUGUUUUUAUUUCUCUCCUAAAUUGAUCCACUGCUUUGGGCUUCAGCCAGUGUCUUCCACAAGCAGUUAGUAGUAAUUUUGUUUCUUGAUUUACAGCUGCUGGUUUUUUCAAUGUCUUAGUAUAAGCUGGUAUGAUACUUGGAACAUUUUGAAUGCUUCAUCAGCCACAAUAAAACUUUGAGCUCCCUUGCA